GAACUGAUGUCGCUGCGAAUUGAGCUGCUAAUUGAGCUGUAGCUUAAGUGGGCGUGGCUGUAUUCAUGAUGCGACUGGCGAAGUUGACACAAAGUUUUACGCUUAAAAAUGCGUCGCAAAAGUGCACGGAUCAAACGCACGCCAAGCGUCACGGCAGCAGCAGCAGCAACGGUGCAGGCCAGAGCAUUGGAAGCGGCGGGAACGUUAACGGCCUGGCGGCCACGGCGGCGACUGCAGCAGCAACAACGAGGAACGGCAGCAGCAGCACGAACACCAGCGGCGGCAGCAGCCACAACAACAGCAACAGUAGCAACAGUAGCAACAGUAACAGCAGCAACAGCAGCAGCAGCAACAGCAACAGCAGCAAACGUAAAUCAAAGCCGCGAACAAAGUGCUUCGGUGGCACAGUGUUUCGCUGUUGCCUACCUUGUCGCGGGGGCGGCUCCGCAGCCCCCGCCACAAGUCCGCCCCAAACACCCGCGCAGACUCCGGACGAACUGCUGAAGCCCAAAGCACAGACACAACAACAGACACAGAUACAGAGACAAGGAACAACACCGCAAACCGAUUUGCUGACAGACAACGAGCAACCAGAAAAGCAAUCACAAGAGCAACAGCAACAACAACAGCAACAAUUGCUGGACAUUGAGACAGAGGAACCGUGCGGCAUUGCGGGUGAGAAGAAGCAUUCGUUAGCGGAUACGAUUGGCACAUCGGUGACAACGCCCAUAUCCCUGAAGACGCUCAUCAACGACGUUGACGAGGACUUGGAGCAUCCGUUGAGCGCUGCCGAUAUCGCAGCCGCAAGUUUGGCCAGCGGCUUGGUUGCCCGACGCGCCGAACCGGAGACACUCAGUGACGCCAGCGUAUCGCCCACCGUUGUCGUCUUGCAGCUGUCGAGCACAGUGACAGCGAGCAUAGCGCCCAGUCUAACGCUGCCAGAAGCAGCGAGCACUCUGACGACAAGCGUUACGACAACACCCUCAGCAGCAGCAACAGCAGCAGCCACAGCAGCAGCAACGCUGUUGUCCACAACUAGUAGCAGCGUCUCCCCCACGUCGCCGUCGCCCAGUGGCGUUUAUAGUGCCAAUCAGCAGGUAACAGGCGGCAGCACAGCAACAACUAGCAGUAACAGUAACAGCGGCGGCGGCGGCAGCAGUGGAGGAGCAGCAGCAACAACACAGCAGCAACAACAACAACAGCAGCAGCAGCAACAGCAACGUUGUAGUUGUCAGCCACAGACAUCACCAUUGCCGCACAUCAAAGAGGAGGAAGAAUCCGAGCAGCAACAAUUGCAACAGGCAAACAAUCGCCAGGCGGCAAACAACAGUCCCAUCAAGGGGCUCGAGGAACCGCUGCCACCCAUCACAAUAGCCGGAGCUGGCUAUUGUGGCAGCUGUGAGAGUGUUCAUCAGUCGUCGGGUACCACCUCAUCGUCGGCAGCAACAGCCGGAGGCGGCGGAGGGGGCAGUUCACAACCAGAAUACGUUGGUGCAUCGACGCCAUCGCCACGCAUCAAAUUAAAGUUCCGUAAACCGCAUAAAUCGUGCUGGUCGCGCAUUGUUCUUGCACCGAUUGGCAGCAGCAACAGCGGCACUGGAGGCGGCGGCGGUUCGUCAUCGGCAACGGUUAUUGGCAGCAAUUCAAACGAAACUUUAGCUUCCAGCGGCAGCACCGGCAACACAAAUACCACCAACAACAGCAGCAGCAUCAGUGUUGCUGCACAUCAUCGCUUGGCAUCAUCAUCGGCAUCGGCACUCGCCUCGCAUCCCAGCAACUCGCAGCUGCUGCCCACCAGCAAAAUGCAGGCCGAACAGGGUUCUAUUGGGGAUCUGCAGAAGUACCACAGUCGCUAUCUUAAGAAUCGGCGUCACACCUUGGCCAAUGUUCGUUUCGAUGUAGAAAAUGGCCAGGGCGCCCGAUCACCGCUUGAAGGCGGUUCACCCAGCGCUGGUUUGGUACUACAGAAUUUACCGCAACGUCGCGAAUCCUUUCUAUAUCGCUCCGAUUCGGACUUUGAGAUGUCACCAAAGUCAAUGUCCAGAAACUCAAGCAUCGCUAGCGAAAGGUUUAAAGAACAGGAGGCCUCUAUACUCAUUGACAGAUCCCAUGGCGAGGAUCUCAUUGUAACGCCGUUUGCCCAAAUUUUAGCCAGUUUACGUUCAGUGCGCAACAAUUUAUUAAGUCUGACAAAUGUACCAGCAUCAAACAAAUCCAGGCGGCCAGCUCAAUCAUCAUCCGUCGGACGGUCCGGAAAUGCGGGCGGCGUUCAACUAGCACAGGGCGAUGAGGCCUACACACGCCUGGCCACCGAUACCAUUGAGGAGUUAGACUGGUGCUUGGAUCAGCUGGAGACUAUACAAACGCACCGCAGUGUCUCCGACAUGGCAUCGCUUAAGUUCAAGCGCAUGCUUAACAAGGAGCUCUCACACUUUAGUGAGUCCAGCAGAUCAGGAAAUCAAAUUUCCGAAUAUAUUUGUUCAACAUUUUUGGACAAGCAACAAGAGUUCGAUUUACCCUCGCUGCGCGUUGAGGAGAACACUGAACACUCAACCGCUCAACCAAUUGCCGCCAACCAGCAAUAUCCGCGCAGUCGAUCGCCCCGCGGUCCGCCGAUGUCACAAAUAAGCGGAGUUAAGCGGCCGCUGUCGCACACAAACAGCUUCACCGGCGAGCGUCUGCCCACGUUUGGCGUGGAGACGCCGCACGAGAAUGAGCUGGGCACACUGCUCGGCGAAUUGGAUACGUGGGGCAUUGAGAUAUUCAAAAUUGGCGAACUCAGCUGCAAUCGUCCGCUCACCUGUGUGGCAUACACCAUAUUUCAGAGUAGAGAAUUACUGACCAGUCUUAUGAUACCACCGAAAACUUUUCUUAACUUUAUGACUACUCUGGAGGACCACUACGUCAAAGACAAUCCGUUUCACAAUUCGCUGCAUGCCGCUGACGUGACACAGAGCACAAAUGUGCUACUAAAUACACCGGCAUUGGAGGGUGUAUUCACGCCCCUCGAGGUGGGCGGGGCGCUGUUCGCCGCUUGCAUACACGAUGUUGAUCAUCCUGGCUUAACCAAUCAGUUUUUGGUUAAUUCAAGUUCCGAACUAGCAUUAAUGUACAAUGACGAAUCUGUUUUGGAAAAUCAUCAUUUAGCUGUUGCCUUCAAAUUAUUGCAAAAUCAAGGAUGUGAUAUAUUCUGUAAUAUGCAAAAGAAACAACGCCAAACUUUGAGGAAAAUGGUUAUUGAUAUUGUGCUCUCCACUGACAUGUCCAAGCACAUGAGCCUGCUGGCCGAUCUGAAGACCAUGGUGGAGACCAAAAAGGUCGCUGGCUCCGGGGUGCUGUUGCUAGACAAUUAUCAAGAUCGCAUGCAGGUGCUUGAGAAUCUGGUGCACUGCGCUGAUCUGAGCAAUCCCACCAAGCCAUUGCCGCUAUAUAGGCGCUGGGUGGCACUGCUGAUGGAGGAGUUCUUUUUACAGGGCGACAAGGAGCGCGAAUCGGGCAUGGACAUUAGUGCGAUGUGCGAUCGCCAUAAUGCGACUAUUGAGAAGUCACAAGUGGGCUUCAUCGAUUACAUUGUGCAUCCGUUGUGGGAGACAUGGGCCGAUCUGGUGCAUCCCGAUGCCCAAGAUAUACUCGAUACGCUUGAAGAGAACAGAGACUACUAUCAGAGCACGAUACCGCCAUCGCCACCGCCAUCGACAGCCGAUGAAAUACCGCAGGAUGAAAAGAUACGAUUCCAGGUAACACUGGAGGAGUCCGAUCAGGAGAAUCUGGCCGAGCUGGAGGAGGAGUGCGACGAGAGCGAGAGCCGGGGAGAUGCCGGCUCCAGCAGCACCACUGGCACCACAGCAACUGGCGUUGCCGGCGGUGGCAAGCCGUCAGGGAGUCAAAAUCAAGCGCCACACGGUGGAAUGUGACGGAGAGUCGUGGGAAUUUAUCGGAAAUUAACGGAGAAAGCGCACAGCUUUUUCCUGAUUCGUUAGUGACUACAAUUUUAAUCAACCACAAAAACCGAAAACAAACAAAACAACAACAACAAGAAAGCAAACAUAACUUAGAAACAACCACAACAAAAACCGUUUAAUCGUAAAAAGAGAGACAACAAAAAAAAAAACAAACAAAUUUAUUUAAAAUGAAUGAAAAAAACCCCAAAAAAAUAUAUAAAAAUAUAAAAAAAAAACAAAAAAAAAACGAAAACAAAAAACAUAUAUAUAUACAUAUAAAAAUAAAGAAUUAAACAAAUGUUUAAAGAGUAAAAAAAAACCAAAAAACAGCAAUAGCAAACGUACCGUUUAACUUAUAGUGAAUGAAACGAAGGAAAAGAUGAGAAACAAAAGCAAAAACAUAAGAAAUUAGAAAUUUACUUGAUGAAAAAUGAGAUUGAUGUGGAUUACACAGAAAACUAAAACACAAAAAGAAAUAUGAAACGGCUGAGCACGGCGUUUAAACCAUAAACAUUAACAUUAACAUUAAAAAAGAAAAGAACAGAAAAGAAAAAAACAAAAAACAAACAUUGUUAAUCUUAAAGCCCGAAUCCAAGACAAGACAACAAAAAACGUACUGCAAAAAGCAAAAAAACGAAACAAAAACAAACAGAAAAACCCCAAUAAGAACAACAAGCAUAGACGAUUUUUGUUGCAUGUUAAAAUUGAUUUUAAUAAUUAUUACUUUGUUUUUUUUUUUUUAAUUAACUGUUAAGCAACAAAACGAAAUUUACUCUUUAAUAGAAACCAACAACAAUAAUCAAUAAUUUUGUUAAGUUUAAGGCAACAACUAGUUGUUUUUUGUUUUUUUUUUUAUUAUAUUGACAAAACCCAAAGCCAAGAAGGCAACUAUAUCAACAACAACAACAACUAUCAACUACAUAAAAAAUUAUGAUUAUUGAGUUUUUUUUAAGCUAAUUCUUAAAUGCGCAACGCUUCAAGUUUUAAACAAACGAAAGAAAACCAAAAAAAAAAAACAAAAACAAAAAAAAACCAUAAACAAAUUGUUUUGCAUGCUUAAAUUUAUAUUUAAAUUAUUCAUUAAUUACGUAUUAGUUUAAAAAGCAAAAGCUCUUAUUAUACUGUUGACGAUUGCGUUAUUUGUUGUUUAAAUUUGAAAUUUUAUUUAUUGAAAAACAAACAAACAAACAAAAAAACGACAAAGCAAAACAAAAAACAAGCACUAACUGCAAUUAGAUCUAUAUACAUACAUGUAAGCCACUUCCUUCAGAACCCCAAAAACCAAACACAAAAAAAAAAUAACUAAUACCACCCUGCAGACAAAUCCAGUGAAUUCAACUAUAUUGAACAAAAAACAAAAAAAUUGAAGGUAAAAUUCUAAAAAAAACAUAAAAGAAAUCAAGCAGUCUGCAUCAAAAUCGAUAGUUGUAACUAUACUAACUAUAUGCAUAAAAACAUAAACAUACAUAUGUAACCAAAACACACAUACUUAUACAUAUAAAUAUAAUAUGUUGUUUUUUUUUUUAAUUAUUUGUAAAUAAUUUAAAUGUUGGACUCGAAUUUAAAACAAGCAAAGCAGCGAAUUGCUUGCAACUAAAAAUGAAAACACUUAAAAGAUAAACGAAACAAACAAACAAACAAGAAAAAAAAAACAGGAAAAACAAAGCCAAAAAGAAAAAAAAUGACACAAAAAAACACACGUUUGAUUUGCUUGAAACUUAACAAAAGAAACUGCUGCAUAAUUAGUAAAAAAAAGAAAAGAAAAAAAUAUUAAAAUAAAAGAAAAGAAAGAGAAUGAACGUAACGUCAGAUUAUUACAAUUUUUGUUGCUUCCAAGUAAAACGCUGUCUUCGCAAAAUAUAAUUUUUAGUAGUAGAGAAACUAACUGAGAAAAGUAUGCCAAAACGUUGUUUACAUUUGGAUUGAUUCUGAUUGAUUGAUUGAUUAAUUGAUUGACUGUUUGAUUGAUUUGCUUAUUCAGACAUUUCAAGCACAAGCACUAGCGAAAGCAAAAGCAAAUUCAACUUUAACUGAUUUCAAAAGCGAAAACCAAAAAUUAAACUAAUCUAAAUUAAACAAAACAAAAGUCAUUGGCUCUGUACCAUUAAAAAAUAACACAAACACAAACAUACACACACACACACAUAAACACUUAGGCAUACACCUAGAUACAUACUUACAAAAUAUGUGUAUAUAGAAACUAUAUAUAUCACAUAUAACUAUAUUAACGAGUCACAUAUUCUCACGCUGGUGCGUGAUCGAUGCAAGUGGCAGGCCAAAUAAAAAGCGCAUAAUUUAUUAUGUUUAUUGUUAUUAAUUUAUUAAUUCUUUUUUUUCUAACUAUACAUAAACACACAAACACACACACACACACAUUGUAUGCUAUAUAUAUGUAUAUUUAUAUAUAUGAAUAUAUUUUAUUUUGUGUUUAAGCGGGCAGGAUCCGUGAAAUUGUGUUUUAUAUCCUGUGCACAUCAACAAUUGUACAUAGAGAUAAGCAUUCAACCCUUUUAAUCGUAUUACUAUUGAUGUCUCCGUUGUCCGUCAAUCUCUAUCUUUAACUCUUAACUGAUUCAAGCAUAAAUAAAUGUCCAUACUGAAGGGUAACCGAGUAGAACCGAUUGUGCACCGGGUAUCUGCUAGUCGAGCAACCUCGACUAGAUCACACUUGUUUUUUUUCGAUUUUUUAUUCGAUAUAAUUAUAUACAUACUUAUAUAUAUAUAAAAUUGAAAUGCAAAUGAAAAUGAACCUUGAUGGUCUAAAAAUAUCAUUAAAAUAAAAUUAUUAUGCACUUAAAACAAAUGAUGAUAUACAAAAAAACAAAAAUUCCUUAUAUAUUGUAUAUGAGAAAAACAAAACAAACAAAAAACAAAAGCGAGUUGAGCAAGUUGUUGUAACUGAAAGAAGGAAAUAAUAAAUAUGAAUCAAAUGGAAAUAAUGAAAAUGAUAAAUGAUAAAUUAUAGCAAUUUAAGCAGCAUUGUAAAUGUGCGCUUCAGAUUUACUUUUGAAAUUAAUGCAUUGAAUGGAAAGCAAAAAGAAAGCAAACAAAAAAACAAAAAAAAAACACGAUAAGGAAAUAUCUAAAAAUAAAUUAAUAUAUAUAUAUUUAUAUGUAUAUAUGCGUAUAUAUGUAUAGGUAUAUUUAGAUAUAUAUGUAUGCAUGUACAUGUAUAUGUAUGUAUAUUUAGAUAUAUAUAUGUCUAUAUAUUAUGUAUGCGAGUACAUACAAUAGUUGAAAGCUGGGCGCAGUCCAUGGCAAAACUGAAAGCUACUUUAACAAUUGAGUGAAAUGAAAUUACAAAUAAAUGAAACAAAAAAAAAAAAACAAAAAAACAAAAACAAAAAACCAAA